GCCUCGCAGCGUGCAUCUUCGCCAGUCAUGUCCCUCGCAGGCUCCGGUCUGCUCUACCUCCUGGCCAAUCAGCGUGCUAGCUGUGCCCUCGUGGAGGAAGCGGCGGGGGCGGCUACGCCUGCGCAGAGGUAGCUAUUUGGGAACGGAGCGGCUUAUUCCAAGAUGGCGGAGCGCGGCUACAGCUUCUCCCUCACCACGUUCAGUCCUUCUGGAAAACUUGUUCAGAUUGAAUAUGCUUUGGCUGCAGUGGCUGCAGGAGCUCCAUCGGUUGGAAUUAAAGCUGCAAAUGGAGUGGUGUUGGCAACUGAGAAGAAGCAGAAGUCCAUUCUUUAUGAUGAAAGGAGUGUCCAUAAAGUAGAACCAAUUACCAAACAUAUAGGUUUAGUGUACAGUGGUAUGGGUCCAGAUUACAGAGUACUUGUGCACAGAGCUCGGAAGCUGGCCCAGCAGUAUUUCUUGGUUUAUCACGAGCCCAUUCCAACAGCUCAGCUAGUACAGAGAAUUGCUUCUGUGAUGCAGGAAUACACGCAAUCUGGUGGUGUUCGUCCAUUUGGUGUAUCACUGCUAAUAUGUGGCUGGAAUGAAGGGCGGCCCUAUUUGUUUCAGUCAGAUCCAUCUGGAGCUUACUUUGCAUGGAAAGCAACAGCAAUGGGAAAAAACUAUGUCAAUGGGAAAACAUUCCUUGAGAAAAGAUACAAUGAAGAUUUGGAGCUUGAAGAUGCCAUUCACACAGCUAUCUUAACACUAAAGGAGAGCUUUGAAGGGCAGAUGACAGAAGACAACAUUGAAGUUGGCAUCUGUAAUGAGGCUGGUUUUAGGAGGCUCACUCCGACUGAGGUUAAGGACUACUUGGCUGCAAUAGCCUAGUAGAAAGUGAGCAAGACUGUGUGGUACACACAAAGGUCUUUUUAAUUUUGGCUACUUCAAUGUUUUUGUUUGCAGUUUUUGCAUACUUAUUUCUACAUGGUUUGUCUGAGAGAUUUUUUAAAUAUCAUGCAACGGUCCUAAUAUUGUAAUACAUGGAAUCUUAUUACAGAUGAUUCUUUCCCGUGGUACAUGAAAUCUUUGUACGCAAAAUACUGUACAAAAUGUAAAGUUACAAUGACAGCUUGAAAAAGGCUAAAGAAUAAAAUUUGAAGGCCACUGUUUUGGGGGAA